AAAUAAAAAUAAAAUGGAGAAAUUAAAAAAUGAAAACACAGCCGACGACGACAGCAUCUUCAACGCCGACGGCGAUACUUGGAAGUCCCAGCGCCAACUCUCCAGCCACGAGUUCAACACCAAAUCGCUCCGCAGGUUCCUCGAGACCGUCGUCGACACCGAGCUCUCUGCCCGCCUAAUCCCAACCCUCUCCCCCGCGGCUGCAAACACAGCCGCCGCCACGCUCGACUUGCAGGACAUUCUUCAGAGGUUCACCUUCGACAACAUCUGCAAAAUCGCCUUCGGGUACGACCUGGGUUACCUGGCUCCGACCCUGCCUGAGGCACGAUUCGCCACGGCGUUCGAGAACGCAGUGCGGAUUAUCUGCGGGCGGUUCAAUUCCGGGGUUCCCUAAAUCUGGAAGAUUAAAAAAUUUCUAGGGAUUGG